GUCAUGGCUUCCUUCCCAGUGAUGUUGUUUCUCACAACUCUGUUGCUGUCAUCUAUUCUCACUAAGGGAGAGACACAGAAAGAAUCCACCACAUCUGCUGAUUACAAAGCAAAUAUCAAGGCUGUUUUGGACAAGAUUGACUGCCAAGGUGAAGAAAAUAUCGUAGAAGCCUUGGAGAAGAUGCUCUGUGCCUCCCAUCAAGUUGACACAUCAUUUGGAGACCGGGCCAAUGCUGAUCAAAACAUGUUAGACCUGUCUACAGUCUUGACUUCCCUGAGAACAUGUUGUGCUCACAAGCAACAAGUGGAGCCAGUAAACGUCAGUAGCAUGGCCCAUAGGCCUGAAGGGGCCGGAGUUGGGCACCAACAAGACGAUUCCACACAGAAAUACAUCAACAUGCUGGACGAAUUCUUGGACUUAGUGGGAAAUGUGUUGGUUUCCCAUUGAGUUUAACUAGGAGCCCCCUAGUGUCCUACCUGUGUCUCUUAUUAGGCUCUCUUUCAAGGCCUGUAUCAUAUUUAGUGAAUCACCGAAACACAAGGAUAGUAGAGACUCUAAAUAAAUACAAUAAAAUUAGUAAAUCAAUCUCUCUUCCUUCCAGUAAGAUUCUAAAAAUGGCCAGAGGCGGCAGAGAACGUGUUCAGAACUGGCUGUGGAAGAAGCAGGCAGCUAGUAAUUAGCAUCACUUCACAACUAAUGGCCCAACCUUGUUCUUUCUUUAAACGAACAUGUUAUUUCAUGGCAGGAUUCCCAGUAAAAUCAUCAUGGGCCACUCACUUUUCCUCACAGGUGUCUAAUCAAAAGUGAGUGGAAACGUUUUAUGCUUCAGACUUUGAACUUUUGUGCUUAUAAAUUAUUAACUAUCAUGAUUUUUCCCUUUAAGUUCCUUUUUGAUAAGUUCAUACACGUAUCUG